AUGAGUUUCUUAGAGAUGACUGCGGACGACGGAAUGACAGUAGCAGAAGCAAUCGAGUUCAUUGAUUCCUUCGAUGAAUAUUUUGACGACUGCGAACAGAAAACCGAACGCACCAACACCGGCCAAACUCAUUCACUUUCUUCUAGUGACAGCUCAAUUCCAAUUCCGACCUCAAACAUGGUCGGAGAGAAAAGACGUACCAAGAAAACAAACCCACCAGGGUACACGACGCGAGUCCAGCGACGCAAGAGGGCAGAGCUGCAGAACCUUCGUGACGAAGCUCAGGAAUUACAAGAGCGACUGGACCAACUGAAGAAAUCUACAUUCAAUUCCCACAUGGAGACGAACAGCAAACUCAAAACGAUACUUGCACACCACUUGAGUGCAAACGAGAAUCUAUGUCGAGCUCUACACAAGAAGGCAUUACUGAAGGGAACUGACUUCGUAUUCAGCUGCGAGCCAACCCCUGGGUAUUCUUUCGCUGCAUUCGAGAACAACCGAGCAAUCGUUGGCCACCUAGAGCAGCUAGUGGGGAAACUAUAUCUGGAGUCUGGCUCAUUGUUAGAUUCUUGGUCGUCUUCGUCGAUGAACUACAGCAUGAAUGUCCAGUACGACGAACAAAAGCACAGCAAAGUCGCUGAGAUGAAGGCAACGACUCCUGUCGCAUGCUCAAUGGAAGUGGCGGCUGAUCUCAUGUGGCGAGAACAGAGUGGCCAGCGCUCGGAUCCUCAAAAAUGGGCCCACAUCAUUUCUGGACGUCAGCCAAAUUCUCAAGAAAAAAACUGGAUCUUCACGCUACAGUGCCAAUCCUACAUCAAGCGAGUCAACGGAGUUCAACUAAUGCAGAAAUUCGAAGACUCGAACCGGAUUGUAUUCUCAAAGCAUUCUUUUUGUGAGUAUUCGGCCGUCCUGUAUCGAGAUAUGUACGCCGCACAGCUCCGUUCCAAGGACGAGAUCCUGGCCAUCCGCGCCGCUGAGCGUGAGUAUGCCAAGCGCGUGUUGCUUGCGCAGGAGACGCUUAAGGUCGUGCGCGAGGAGCUGGCCACAUGCUACCGCGAAAACGGCGUGAACCACAAGAUGGCCUGCAAGGGUCUUCGCGAGGAGUAUGCCAAGCUCAUCCAGGACCCCACGCAUGGAGCUGGCUACCCGACGCGACCGGAGUUCUAG